AUGAAGAUUAUAACAUGGAAUUGCCAAGGCGCAGCCUCUAAGAGGUUUCUUAGGGCUGCCAUGACAAUCAUUAGGCAACACAAGCCUAAUUGUUUUUGUGUUCUUGAGCCAAAAUCCUCAGGUACCGGGGCCGAUGAAACUUGCAUUAAGUUAGGAUUCGAUCAAUGGUUGAGGGUGGAAGCGGUGGGGAUGAGCGGAGGAAUUUGGAUCCUCUGGAAUGACUCUCUAAGCUUACACAACAUUCGAACGAAUCCACAGUUCGUGUCUAUGGAAAUUAAAAACAAUAACAGCAGGACCUGGAAUAUUGCGGUUGUGUAUGGUAGUCCCUCCCACAGCCUCCGACGUAAUCUUUGGUUGGAACUAGGUAGGGAACAAUGUGGGUUGAAUGAAGCCUGGGUUACCCUUGGGGACUUUAACUCCGUUAAAAGUAGUACAGAGGUAAAUUGCCCGGACAACUUUAAUAUGAGACGUAGCAAGGACUUCACUGAUUGGAUUAGCAGAGAGAGCCUCAUUGAUCUAGGAUUCAGAGGCUCUCAAUUCACUUGGAGGAGAGGAACGACCGUGGGCACGUUCAAAGCAGCCCGUCUUGAUAGGUGUCUAUGUACAGAAGCUUGGCUAGACAUUUACCCGGAGGCGGCUGUCACUCACCUUUCGAAUUUCUCUUCGGACCACAAUCCAAUCCUGCUGACUCUGGUUGAUAGGAUCGAGAAUGCAAUGCCAAGAAGAUUUCAGUAUCAGGCCAUGUGGGGUUUGCAUGCUGAUUUUGGGGAUGUUGUAAACAAUACUUGGAACACCACCAGUGGGGCAGAUUUUGAUGAUAGACUCCAGGCAACGCAAGUUGCGCUAAAGACAUGGAGUAAAGCAGCUAUAGGUAAUCUAGAAAGAAAAAGGAGGCAGAUUAUGGCUAGGAUUGAUGGCAUACAAAGGGCAAAGAAUUACGGAAAGAGGGGUGGGCUAAUCAAACUUGAAGCAAAGUUAAAAAUCGAGCUGGAUGACAUCUUACACAUGGAGGAGCUAGCUUGGUUCCAAAGGUCGAGGGAAGAUUGGAUAGCCUUGGAUCAAGUCACGCAGAUGGUCCAGGACCAUUUCCGGGAUUUUUUCAUGUCAGCAACAACCAGCAAUAACGAAAGGAAAGUCACAAGCGAUGAAGUGAAGAUAGCCCUUUUUGAGAUGGCUCCUUACAAAGCUCCAGGGCCUGACGGUUUUCAUGCUGCUUUUUAUCAAAGAAUGUGGAGCGUAAUUGGGAUGGAUUUAACAGACAAGAUUUUGGAGUUUUUCCAAACCGCUAAGAUGCACAAUCAUUGGAAUGACACCUUGAUAGCUUUAAUUCCUAAAGUUCACCAUCCAGAGCUGAUCACUCAAUUCAGACCGAUCAGCUUAUGUAAUGUAAAGUAUAAAAUUGUUACCAAGGUCAUCACCAAUCGCCUCAAGAGCCUUAUGACUCAAGUGGUGGGGGAAGAACAAAGUAGCUUCGUCCCACAACGCCAGAUCACAGAUAAUAUUGUUGUUUACCAAGAGCUCCUUCAUACUAUGAGAACCAAGAGAAGUGGGCUUAAAGCAAUGACCCUAAAGAUUGACCUAGAGAAAGCUUAUGAUCGCAUAUCUUGGGACUUCCUUCAGGACACGUUAUAUGGGCUGGGAAUGGAAAGACACUGGGUUAAUAUAAUCAUGGAGUGUGUCACAACACCGAAACUGGCGAUUCUAUGGAAGGGCUCUCAAUUGGAUUGGAUUACACCAACAAGAGGCCUCAGACAGGGAGAUCCCAUAUCCCCGUAUCUGUUUGUUCUUUGUAUGGAACGGCUUAGCCGGCUAAUUAAAGAGGAAGUGCACAAAAAAAAUUGGAAAGGUGUCAAACUGUCAAGGUAUGGUCCCGAACUAACACAUCUUUUUUUUGCUGACGAUAUGGUGUUGAUUGCAGAGGCUUCGUUAGAACAAAUGAAGGUGAUAAAGGGUUGUCUCCAAAAGUUUGAAAAAGCCUCAGGACAAAAAGUUAGUAUACAAAAAUCUCAAAUUCACUUUGGGAGAAAUGUUGAACCUGCUUUGGCACAAGACAUUACCCGAGAGGCGGAUUUUGUAUGUACAAAGGACCUUGGCAGAUAUUUAGGUGUACCAUCAAUUCAUGGGAGAGUCACGAGCAACAUCUUCACACCCUUAAUCGAAAAAAUCGACGGGAGGUUGGAAGGAUGGAAAGGCAAAAACCUAUCUUUGGCAGGCCGUAUUACCCUUGCACAAAGUGUUCUGAAUGCAAUGCCUUACUACAUGAUGCAAUCCAUGUACUUACCAAAAGGUGUUUGCGACACUAUUGAAAGGAGAAUCAGACAAUUUAUUUGGAAGGAAAACAUUCACUUGGUAAACUGGGAAACCAUAACGAAGCCGAAGGAACAAGGAGGCGUGGGGCUACGACGGUUGAGAGAAAUGAAUUUAGCUUUCCUUACGAAGCUAGGUUGGAGAUUGCAUACAGAAAAAGAGAACCUUUGGGCAAAGGUUGUCUUGGCCAAAUACAUGCAUGGUACAUCCGAAGACUGCAAUUACACAAAAAAGAAGGCGUGCUCUAAUCUUUGGCGAGGGAUUUGUGAGGCGCAACCCAUUCUGUCAGAAGGAACAAGUCGUCAGACACAGAUGGAAGGUAUGUUCUGGAAGUUGGAGCCGAAUGGUCACUGCUCGGUCACUUCGGCUUAUCGACUCGCGCUAAAAACUGAUAAAGGGGAUGAUGACAAUACUUGGAAGGUAAUCUGGAGCCUGAAGGUGCCAAGAAGAAUCAACAGCUUUCUUUGGCUCCUUAGACACAAGAAACUGAUGACUAAUGUGGAACGCAAACGCCGAGGCUUCACUAUUGACGCAAGGUGUAUCAACUGCCAUGCGUACGAGGAAGAUGUUCUCCAUUGUCUACGAGACUGCGCAGCAGCAAAGGAAAUAUGGGAAGUAUUCUUACCUUCUGGGGCUCAAAGGUGGUUCUUCCGCUUAAAUGUUGAUACUUGGUUUACUCGUAAUGUAACAGGUAAGCUUGUUGAAAACAAGGAAGGAAAUUGGAAAUCGAUGUUCGCAAUAAUAGCCUGGUGGAUUUGGAACUGGCGGUGCAAAAAAACCUUUAACGAAGACAGCUGGAGCUUAACAAGGAGGAUUGAUUGGAUAAAGGAGCAGGUGGAGAGCACUACGAGAGCCUUCCUACGUCAAAAACUCCACAUCAGGACUAAGAUGGAUGUUGCUGGCAACAGACCGAUUACACAAGCGUGGACUCUGUUGAAUACUGACGCUUCUUUCUCACCCGGAAGCUCCAUGACUGGUUGUGGAGGAGUGUUGCGAGACCAUGGAGGACAUUGGAUCAAGGGGUUCAGUUGUAUGAUGAAGACAAGUAAUUCAACAGAAGCUGAGCUAUGGGCGAUUUACUUGGGCCUCAAAUGGACCUGGGACCAGGGGAUAAGGAGUAUCUACUUAAGAACCGAUUCACAACAAGCGGUGACUUGGUUAAAUGGACACUCAAAUAUCCUGGGUCAUUGCGACACGCUAGUUAAAUGGUGUAAGGAAUGGUUACGAAAGGAUUGGACAGUCAUCAUCGACUAUGUCCCCCGUGAGAAAAAUGGCGUUGCGGAUUGGUUGGCUAAGGAAGCUCCGAGACGAAAAUGUGAGUGGGUGGACUUUCACUGCCCACCGAGGGAAGUUGGUGAUAUGAUGAGCAUGGAUACUGUGUCUCAUGUGCUGGGCCACUAG